AUGACAGUCACGGAGCUCGCGCUGCUGAAGCUGAGCAGCGCCGAUGGUUCGCUGUCCGAGCACGUCCGGGCGCAGCUGCUCAAGGCGAAGCAGGCCAUGGAGAGCUUCUCCGGCCACAGAUUCUAUUAUCUGCAGCAGAUAGAGGAGCCGAGCUUGAUCUACGUGCUCGGCGAAUGGGCUUCACUUCAUCAGCACUACGCCGAGUUCAUACCUUCGGCGCCAAAUCAGGCCGUCCUGGAGGCGCUCAGGAACGACGUAACCGUCGUUUGGCUAAGCCAUCUGGACGUUCCCGUCAGCGACAUCGAGCUCGCAGCACCAGUCAUGUCCCUGGGGCGGCAUUUCGUAGCCGCGAAGAAGCGCAAGGACUUCGAGGCCUGCUUUGCGGCCCAGAAGAAGUUCCUCCAGGAAUUUGUCACAGAGGGCGAUGUGGCCGGUGGUUGGAAGCUGGAAGAAGACAGGGAGAACGAUGAGUUUGUGUUGUUCGCUCCGUGGCGUGCGAUCGAACAGCACGCCGCCUUCGCGAGCACGGACGGAUUCAAGCACUAUGUCAGAAUCAAGGACUAUAUCGUUGAUGCGGACAUCAAGCAUGUAAAGUUGCUCGAGCUUUGA